CAUUCUAACCGCAGCGCUGGUUGUAUCGCGGUGUACAAAGCAGUAUCAUAUCGUUGUAUCGUGGCGUAGUAUCGCUGCGGGUGGCGGAGCGACCAGGGGGAGGAUACAUUAAGCAACGUCCGAGCGAGCUGAGCUGAGCUGCCCGUAUUUUUCCUACAUUAAACAAAUCCGUGGCGGUUAAAGACGCUGCGAACGUUACUGUCGAACUGCUUCAUUGCUCUUGUGUUAUCGUGCCCUUCGGUGAACGUCCAAGGCUUACGGCGCGGUCCGGACUCCCGGUUCGGUUUUGGGGCAGCGACGAGAACGGAAAAUAAGCGAAAGGUGUUUGUGCUGUUUGCGCUGGCUGUUGCCUGGCGGUGCGAGGCGGACUCGGUGCAGCAUGAAAGCCCGCUGGCCCUGCUCACUUCGUAGGUAAGCGCGCUCGUUUCAGCCACGGCUGCUUUAGCAUUCAGGCACAACAUGCCUCCUAGCCCGUAAACAAAGAGCCGUUUGGAAACCCGUUAACUCGCCAGCACCUCGAGCCCAGUCCUGCCAGCCACACCGCGGUCUGCUCAACUCGAGCGGGUUAGAAAAAAGUCACGCUCCGGUUUGCGGUGACGGGACCAGCACCCCCACUACUGCUUCGGGAAAACGGCGGGCUAAAGUCGUUGUCUGCGCUCCUGUACGGUUAAGAACGACGAUGCCCUCGCUGGUGGCCAUCCGGCUGCUCGUGUUGGUGCUCGGGCUGUGCUCGCUGCGCGUGGCCGGCCAAGGGCGCUCCACCCCGGCUACAUGCUCACCUCUGUGCCGCUGCGACGAGGACGGAGGGGCGGACUGCUCGGGUAAAGGACUCAGCACUGUCCCAGCUGGACUCAGCGCCUUUACUUAUUAUCUUGACCUCAGCAUGAACAACAUCACAGAGUUGCCUGCCAAUGUGUUCAAAAACCUGCCGUACCUGGAGGAACUGCGAUUGGCAGGUAAUGACCUUGUUUUCAUCCACCCUGAGGCUCUGUCUGGACUCUACCAGCUCAAAGUCCUCAUGCUUCAGAAUAAUCAGCUGAAGACCGUUCCUAGUGCUGCCCUCAAGAACCUUCAUGCUCUGCAGUCUCUGCGCUUGGAUGCUAACCACAUCACAGUGGUGCCAGGGGACAGCUUUGAAGGCCUGCAGCAGCUCAGGCACCUGUGGCUGGACGAUAACAGCCUGACUGAAGUCCCUGUGGGGCCACUGCAGCACCAGGGCAACCUGCAGGCCCUCACACUGGCUCUCAACCGCAUCACACACAUCCCUGACAACGCCUUUGCCAAUCUCUCCAGCCUGGUCGUCCUGCACCUGCACAAUAACAGAAUCCAGGAGAUUGGGAAGAACUGUUUCAAUGGCUUGGACAACUUAGAGACACUAGACCUCAACUUUAACAACCUGAAAAGCUUCCCAGAGGCCAUCCAAACUCUGCCCAAACUGAAAGAACUUGGCUUUCAUAGCAAUAAUAUAGCCAUCAUACCAGAGGGGGCUUUUCAUAAGAAUCCACUGCUUCGCACAGUUCAUCUCUAUGACAACCCUCUCUCCUUCGUGGGGCGGUCAGCCUUCCAAAAUCUGUCCGACCUGCACUCUCUAAUGCUCCGUGGUGCCACUUUGGUGCAGGACUUUCCCAGCCUGACUGGAACAGGGAACUUGGAGAGCCUCACAUUAACAGGCACUAAGAUCAGAGCCAUACCUGAAGAUCUGUGUGAGGACCUCUCUGUGCUCCGCACACUAGAUCUAUCCUACAAUGAGAUAGAAGAACUACCAUCCUUUCAGGGCUGUGUGAGUCUUCAGGAUGUAACCGUACAGCACAACCGCGUCCAGCAGAUAGACAGAGACACCUUCCAGGGCUUGACCAGCCUCAGAGUGCUAGACCUGAGUAGAAAUCAGAUCAAGUUCAUCCAUCGAGAUGCUUUCCUCUCUCUCAGCGCUCUGACCAACCUCGAUCUGAGUAUGAAUUUUUUAGCCAGUGUGCCCACAGCUGGACUAAAUGCCCUGAACCAGCUCAAGCUGGUGGGCAAUCCAGACAUGAAGAACAGCCUGACCGCCAAGAGCCUGCCCAAGCUCAGGUCUAUAUCAGUGCCCUAUGCGUAUCAGUGCUGUGCUUUCAUGACCUGCGACAGCACACAUAGUUCCCCUGAAAGUGAAGAAAAGAGGAAAGACUUGGGUGGGGAUGAGGAGAUGGAAAGGGUUCCUCUGGUUAUGCACUGUUCUCCUUCUCCAGGGGCCUUCAAACCAUGUGCUCACCUGCUGGGGAGCUGGAUGAUCCGACUGACCGUAUGGUUCAUCUGCCUGGUGGCACUCCUGUUCAACUGCUUGGUGCUGGCUGCCAGCUUCUCCCCCCGUGCCUCCCCACUCUCCCCUGCCCGGCUGCUUGUGGCUUUACUGGCCUCAUCCAACCUACUGACAGGACUGUAUGUGGCUGCCCUGACCCUAUUAGACGUUGUCACCUGGGGCUCAUUCGCCACCUAUGGCGUCCGGUGGGAGACAGGUGCCGGAUGUCAGGCACUGGGCGUGCUUGCUGUCUUCUCAUCUGAGUGGGCCGUCCUGUUGUUGCCAUUGGCUGCCGUAGAGCGGAGCCUUGCUGUUCGGGCUCUGAUGGGCAAGGCGGGCAUUCUGAGGGGAGGCGGAGGCGAGCGAAGAGAGGGACGCAAAAGGUUCGGCCUGGCUGCUGCCCUGCUGGGUCUCUUGGCUGUGGUAGCUGCUUUUCUUAGCUUGUAUCAUGGGUCAGCCGGUGGGUCUCCACUUUGUCUGCCCUUCUCUGAAGGUCCUGGGCCAGGCCUGGGCGUGACGGUGGCACUCGUCCUACUGAACACUCUGGCCUACCUGCUGAGUGCAGUGGUCUACACCCGUCUGUACUGCAGCCUGGGACGAGCACGACUGGCUGACCCAGAGCAGGCUGGCUCCGUCCGGCACGUGGCCUGGCUCAUUUUCACCAACUGCAUCUUCUUCUGCCCAGUAGCAGCCUUCUCCUUUGCCCCCUUGCUGGCUGGUGCUGGAAAUGCAGCAGGAGGUCCAGAGAUGGCCAAGUCAGUCACUCUGAUUUUCUUCCCUCUGUCGGCUUGCUUGAACCCAGUCCUUUAUGUCUGCUUCAAUCCCGCCUUCCGACAUGACUGGCUCCGCCUAAGGGGGCGGGGCAUGGGUGGAGCCUGUGAUGGAAGAAACGGUAAAGCUGUGGCAGUUGGGACUGGAUCUGGAGGCUCGUCCAGGGCGGGAGAAAGUGGGGGCUCGAGGCAGGAGACAGGAGAGCUUGGUUACGAGUGUGGGAUGUACACUCAGCUUUGUGAGCAUUGUGAGGCGGCCCUCCUGGCAAGAACAUCUUCAUCAUCUGCCUCUUCAUCAUCUUCCUCGUCCGCCUGCAGACAUUUAGUGAAGUCGCACAGCUGUCCAGCGUUAGCAGGUGGUGAGGCUCCUUGCCCGAGGGCCGAGGGCUGCUGGGCGGACAGCGGCACCCUGUGGGCACAGUCAGAGUAUGCGGAUGAAGGUGACUCGUUUGUGUCGGACAGUUCUGAGCAGGUCCAAGCGUGUGGACGAGCUUGUUUCUGCCAGAGCCGCGGCCUGCCGUUAGUACACUACUCUUACAACAUCCCGCGUGUCAAAGAUUGAGCCUGCCUGUGCACACACUAGGGCUGCACAAUAUAUCGUUUGCUAAUUCUUCACACGGUAUUGGCCUUCAAAGUACAGAUAUUACAAAAGUCUACAAUAUGCAAAUGAGCCUCCAACCAGUGUUUUAUUAUGUGCUUUGAGUGUCCUGACCAAUCACAGUCAUUGUUUCAGUGUUUGGAUGAAUCAGGGCAUUUGUGUGAUCCAGCAAACAGAAAAAUAAUACAGGCUUUAUCACAUUGUGGGUUCAGCAAUGUGCUUUUAGCAUAUUGCAAUGCGUAUUGCAAUCGCAGUGUGUAGCAAUAUAUUCGCAAGAUGGUGUUUUGUCCAUAUCGUGCAGCCCUAACAUAUACUCACACAUUUACACCCUUCACUAGGUCACUCACUCGUGCACUACAGCUUGCCCACUCAGAGUGGACCCACUCGGUGAGGGCAGACAGAAGCACAGCAUGCAGGGAACAGCCGGGGACACGCAGCCAGUCAGGAAGCACUUUUUACCCCAAAACACACAUAUGCGUGUAUGUUUGUGUGUGUGUGUGUGUGUGUGUGUGUGUGUGUGUGUGUGUGUGUGAGUGUGUGUGUAUGUAGGUAUGUGUGUGAACAGACACUGACCCCUCGUCUGGAAAAAAAGGGAAACUGACAAUACACAAAAGACUCACUGAGCCAAAUGUUGUCAGCAAAGGACUUGAUUUGCUUUCUUCUUUUUUCAUUUUCAUGGCCAGAUUUGUGACUGCAGGAACCGACUGCCCACUCCUUAAAAAACACACAAACCCAACAGCUAGUGCCUGCCUCUUAGUCUUCUAGAGAACAUGACUUUAAUUUGCAAAGAUGUUUCUUAUUAAGCAGGGAUAAAUGUGCCAUCUCAGAUGAGAAGUUGUUUAUGUUUUUGUCAUGUUGAUUUAUUUUGUUCUUCACUGUUGUCAUUCCCUGUUCUAUUGACCUCAAUGCAUGACAGAACCACAGGAUCCUCUUCCAUGUAGCAACGUUCAUGUAUGUGUUAAGAGUUUUAGUCGAGAAGAAUGUAAUGUAGAGCUGAAGCUUUUAAAAGAGCGAGUCUAUUUUGAUACUGCCUCUCGUCCUUCAGAAAUCAUGCUAAUAUUUAGCAUUGCCCAGUAGCCAUUCCUUCAGACUGUUCAGCCUGUCUUGCGGUUCAACUGCAAAUGAAUUCAUAUGGACCCUUGUUUUCGGGUUGAAUGAAUUGUUUGAAGCUAGAGUUAGAAAAAAGUGUGGGCAAGAGUUCCAGGUCUGUUCCAGCACUCCCUUAAUUUAGAUGGUCUUUGGUUUGACAUUGCUAAUGGUCUGUUAAUUUUAUUAGUAACAGAAAUUUGUUAGAAAAACAGUGUUUUCUAAUUAUAAAGCGAUAGUGAAACGGUACUUUUUGAAAUCAUAGCAUAUGCCAGUUGAAUAUGGCAGUUUUAAAAUGUGCUGGACACUUUGGAUAUUCCAGAUUAUAAUCCCUUCUUUUGAUGAAUGUCAAAUGAAAUAGCAUUUCCUUCUCUCACAGUAUCCCCAAAGAACUUGACUAGAUUACUUAUAAAGUGCGAGUACUAUAAUUGCUUUAUGUAUAGCCCUAUUUUCUGAAGCGUGAACAGGUCCAAAGAGCAUACAUGUAUAUUCAUGUUCUGUAAUGAUCUACAUGUGUAUUUUAUCUUGAUCUUGAAGUUGCCAUUAAGAUGAAGUAGUGUUAUAAAGUCAUUAAACCAUUUUUUUCAUUUUAGGCCAGCUUCCCUAAAGGCUUUUACACACUGAGUGCAACAUUUCCUCUAGACUGGGAAUGUUUGCCACUGCUGGUUGACCCCUUUGACCAUACGCUUCUAUACAUCUGCAAGUUCAGCUACUUCCUUCAACCUAUGGCCUUUGGCACACCCCAAUGCAAUCACUCCUUUUUGCUAAUAAUUGACAUUUGCUUAUGGUUUGGCAACAGUCAAGAUGACUGAUCAGUUGUGUCCCAGCACACAAAGUUUCAGAUCCUGAAUAACUGUAAAACGUUCCGUGCUUUUCUUAUUUUUCCAGAGUGGAAAGAGUGAAAACAUCAUUUGUGAGAGGCAAAGAAUAUCAUUCUGUCUUUUUGUUUUGUUCAAAAAAGAAUAGUUUCCAAAUAUUUUACAUUUUCGUGUUUAUUUGCAUUGCAUUCAGUGUGUAACAGCCUUAGGCCUAGACUAAACUGUAUAUUCAGAGAGAAAACAUUGCCAUUAUGGUUUAGUCUGAGACUAGGCCAAGUCCAUUUCCAUGAAACUUGCCUUUAAGUCCUAAACCCAUGUGAUGUUAUUGCAAGAGUUCACAUACGCACCUCUGGAAUUGCAGAGAACAGAAUCCUUUCCGUGUUUCCUUUGCUUUUGCUUUGAUGCAAAAUUGCACUACCUUCCUUCAGGCCUUGCACAUUUGCAUUCGAGCUGAAUUUUAGUUACUUUCUCAUGUUAGUCUAAUAAGCUUUUCCAACAGCCGCCGCUUAAAGAAAUCUUGGAGGUAACAUUUAAUGUCACUGACAAAUUCCAAAUCUUUGUGUGUCUGUUGAGGCGUGUUUGUGUGUCUGAGAGUUUCAGUAUGUUGUAAAUUAUUUGUAUAGGAUACAUCUAAUCAAGAAUGGGAUGCAUCAUCUAACCAUGGAAGCUACCUCUGGAACUGUAGUGGCUGCCAGUAGUGUGCAGUGUGAAAGAAUGCUUGUCUGUGUUGUAUGUUUUCUGUAAGAUUGUUGGCUUUGUAAAUACAUGUAGUUGUACAUUGUCACUGAAUGAAAGUCACAUUUUAGUUUAUGCCAAUUGUGGGAGGAAAUUGUGUACGGUCUGCGGUAAUUUUUGUAAACCAAACAAUAUAAACUAAAUUGCUUUAAAGUUU